CCAAAAAUAUCAAAAUUAUCAUCUCUUUAUCUUUCUCUAACAAAAUUUCUGUUUCAUAUCUUUUCAUUACCAUUUUGGGACAGCAAUAGUUGUAUUAGCUCUCCCAAACUACUCAAAACUCGAACUCAAGACCUUCGUUUAAAAGUCAGAGAAAUUUCAAUCAUCACACCACACCUCUCUCUUUUAAGUGAAAGUAUUUGUCUAGGUUCUUAGCUAAAGACUCGAACCCGAAAUCUCUGCUUAAAAGUAAAGAGAUUUCCAAUCAUCUCAUCGCGUACGCCGGUUGUGGUACUUGCUCCAAUAAACCUGAUGGCAGCCUCUAACACACAACAAAACUAUGACAAAUAUAGUGAACUAAAAGCCUUUGAUGACACUAAGGCAGGGGUCAAAGGACUUAUUGAUGCUGGAAUUACUAAAGUACCUAAAAUAUUCAUCCAUCCAGAAGCCUUAGAAAAUAACCCCUCAAAUCCCAAAACAACACAUUCCAAUUUCCCUUUAAUAGACCUCCAAAACAUCAUCAACAACAAGAAGGAAAUAGUUAAACAAGUUCAAGAAGCAUCAGAGACAUGGGGUUUUUUCCAAGUGAUCAAUCAUGGUAUUCCAGUGUCAAUCCUAGAUGGAAUGUUGCACGGGGCACGACGUUUUCACGAGCAAGAUGUAGACAUAAAAAAGCCAUACUAUAGUAGAGAUGUUGCAAGGAAGGUUAUGUAUAACUGCAAUUUUGAUUUGUUUAGUGAUAAAGCACUUGCUGCAAAUUGGAGGGAUUCACUUUACUCUGUCAUGGCUCCUAGUCCUGCUAAGCCUGAGGAAUUGCCUGAGACAUGCAGGGAAAUUACAAUUGAGUACUCAAAUCAAAUGAUGAAAUUGGGAUACACAUUGCUUGAAUUAUUAUCAGAGGGACUUAGUCUCAAACCAAACCAUCUCAAAGAAAUGGGAUGUGCUGAGGGGCUAGGCAUUUUGUGCAAUUACUACCCUUCAUGCCCACAACCAGAACUUGCAAUAGGCACAAGUAGACAUGCUGAUAAUGAUUUUUUCACAGUUCUUUUGCAAGAUGAUAUUUGUGGACUUCAAGUUCUUCACAAGGAUCAAUGGGUUGAUGUUCCUCCUAUUCAUGGAACUUUAGUAAUUAAUAUUGGAGACAUUCUUCAGCUUAUAUCGAAUGACAAGUACAAGAGCAUAAAGCACAGAGUAUUGGCAAAUAAAAUUGGUCCAAGAAUAUCAGUAGCAAGUUUCUUCAGCACAGGGCCAUUGGCAUCUUCAAGAAUUUAUGGACCAAUUGAAGAAUUAUUGUCAGAAGACAAUCCGCCAAAGUAUAGAGCAACAACAAUGAAGGACUUCUUUGAAUAUUCUAGCAAGAAAGGACUUGAUGGCAAUUCUAAUUUGUCUCACUACAAAAUAAUGUGACCUAAGAUUGGGAGUUGAAGUAAACUUUUUUGCUUGAACACUCCCACCCCACCCCCCAACCCCACACACACC